CGGUCUCGCGACAUUCCUGCCCGCCCCGCCCCUCGCCCGCCCGGCAUCUGCCUCGCCUGCCGGGCGCUGCCCGAGGACGCCGAGCCCAGCCGAGCGGAGGGAGCAGCGGCGGCGGCCGCGGAAGGUAAACUGCCCCCCCAGCUGUUGUCCAGAGGGAGCCAGGAUGGCCGGCGCGUCCGUCAAAGUGGCCGUCCGGGUGCGGCCCUUCAACGCCCGAGAGAUCAGCCACGCGGCCAGCUGCGUCAUCCAGAUGCAAGGACCCACCACCUGCAUCGCCAACCCCAAGCAGGCCAAGGAUGCCCCCAAGAGCUUCACCUUCGAUUACUCCUACUGGUCCCACACCUCGGAGGACGACCCCCACUUCGCUUCCCAGCACCAGGUCUACAAGGACAUAGGGGAGGAGAUGCUGCUCCACGCCUUUGAGGGCUACAACGUCUGCAUCUUUGCCUACGGGCAGACGGGGGCCGGCAAGUCGUACACCAUGAUGGGCAAGCAGGAGAAGGACCAGCAGGGCAUCAUCCCUCAGCUCUGUGAAGACCUCUUCCUCCGAGUGGCCGAGGAAGCGUCGCCCUCCCUGUCCUGCUCUGUGGAGGUGAGCUACAUGGAGAUCUACUGUGAGCGUGUGCGGGAUCUCCUGAGCCCCAAAAGCCGUGGGAACCUGCGUGUGCGUGAGCACCCCAUCAUGGGGCCGUACGUGGAGGGCCUCUCCAAGCUGGCCGUCACAUCUUUCGAGGACAUCGCCGACCUCAUGGACUGCGGCAAUAAAGCCAGGACUGUGGCUGCAACCAAUAUGAACGAAACCAGCAGCCGCUCCCACGCCGUCUUCACCAUCGUCUUCACCCAGCGCCGGCAUGAUGAACUCACGGACUUGGACGCUGAGAAGGCUAGCAAGAUCAGUUUGGUGGACCUGGCGGGCAGCGAGCGAGCGGACUCGUCGGGCGCGAAGGGCAUGAGGCUCAAGGAAGGCGCCAACAUCAACAAAUCCCUGACCACCCUGGGCAAGGUCAUCUCCGCCUUGGCCGAGAUGCAAAGCAACCACAAGAAGAAGAAAUCCGAAUUCAUCCCUUACCGGGAUUCGGUGCUCACCUGGCUGCUGAAGGAGAACUUGGGAGGAAACUCCCGCACGGCCAUGAUCGCCGCCCUCAGCCCAGCCGACAUCAACUAUGAGGAGACGCUGAGCACCCUCCGUUACGCCGACCGUGCCAAGCAGAUCCGCUGUAACGCCAUCAUCAACGAGGACCCCAACGCCCGGCUCAUCCGUGAGCUGAAGGAGGAGGUGGCCAGGCUGCGGGACCUCCUCUCCGCCCAGGGACUCUCGGGCGCCUGCUUCUCAGGGCCCGAGUCGGCCGAUCCAGGCGGCGGACAGAGCACUCCCAGUGCGCCCUUUGCCUCAAUGGCCCCCUCCUCCCUCCUGCUGGAACCCAUAGCCCUCAAUGGGGAGCUGGAGCUGCAGCUGCCGGACUCUGAGGAGCAGAUGCUGUGCACGGAGGAGGCCAUGGAGAGGCUGCAGGAGACCGAGAGGAUCAUUGCAGAGUUGAAUGAAACCUGGGAGGAAAAACUGCGGAAAACGGAGGCCAUGCGGAUGGAGAGAGAAGCUCUCCUAGCAGAGAUGGGCGUGGCUCUUCGAGAGGACGGGGGCACCGUUGGGGUCUUUUCCCCCAAGAAGACUCCCCACUUGGUGAACCUGAACGAGGACCCCCUGAUGUCAGAGUGCCUGCUCUACCACCUCAAAGACGGCGUCACCAGAGUUGGCCAGCAGAACGCGGACAUCCGGCUGAGCGGGCAGUUCAUUCAGGAGCAGCACUGCGUUUUCCGCAGCGUCACCUGCGAGUCGGGAGAAGUCGUGGUCACCCUAGAGCCGUGCAGAGGGGCUGAGACAUACAUCAACGGGAAGCAGGUGAUGGAGCCCCAGGUGCUGCGAUCAGGCAACCGUGUGGUGAUGGGCAAGAACCACGUCUUCCGCUUCAACCACCCUGAGCAGGCCCGGCUGGAGCGGGAGCGCAGCUUGCCCCCCGAGGGCCAGGCGGAGCCCGUGGACUGGAACUUCGCCCAGAGGGAGUUGCUGGAGAAGCAGGGCAUCGACAUCAAGCUUGAGAUGGAGAAGAGGCUGCAGGACCUGGAGACGCAAUACCGCCGAGAGAAGGAGGAGGCGGACCUGAUCCUGGAGCAGCAGAGGCUGUAUGCAGAUUCGGACAGUGGCGACGAUUCGGACAAGCGCUCGUGUGAGGAGAGCUGGCGUCUCAUUUCCUCGCUGCGGGAGAAGCUGCCGGCCACUAAAGUGCAGACAAUUGUGCGCCGCUGCGGCCUGCCCAGCUCAGGCAAGAAGCGGGAGCCGCUACGGGUGUACCAGAUCCCGCAGCGCAGACGGGCGGCCAAGGACCCCCGCUGGCUGACCUUGGCUGACCUCAAGAUGCAGGCAGUCAAGGAGAUCUGCUACGAAGUGGCUCUCAACGACUUCCGACACUCCCGUCAGGAGAUCGAGGCCAUGAGCAUCGUCAAGAUGAAGGAACUCUGCCGUCUCUACGGCCGGCGCGACACAAACGAGCGUGAGAGCUGGCGCGCCGUGGCCAGGGACAUCUGGGACACAGUGGGCGUGGGCGAGUCGGAGGGCCCCACAGGAGGCAGUCCAGCACCUGGGAACACGGAAACCCGGGUCAGCACACCAGGCGUGGAAGUCAGCGACCUCCGGGCACAUAUUGACAAGCUGACGGACAUUCUGCAGGAAGUGAAGAUCCAGAACAACAUGAAGGACGAAGAGAUCCGGUCACUGCGAGACCGGGUGGUCAAGAUGGAGCAGGUCAUCCCGGUGUCGCCCCAGGAAGACGAAGAGCUGGAGCAGGAGUGGCAGUCGCUGCUGUUGGCACAGGAGGGCCGAGCUUUUGUGGCCGAGGGGGAGACCGGGGGCUCGGGGGAUGCCAUGACUCCCCAGGAAGAAGAGGGGUCCUUGCCCUGCGACCGGGUCUCCCGCCUGAUGAAGAAGGACCCUGCCUUCCGCCGGGGGCGCCUCCGUUGGCUCCGCCAAGAGCAGCUGCGCCUGCAGAACUUGCAGCCGCAGCAGCCACAACAGCGCCGGGGGCCCAGCCGCUUCAUCCCCCCGCAGGACUGCAAGCUGCGCUUCCCCUUCAAGAGCAACCCGCAGCACCGCUACUCGUGGGGGCCCAGCACCGCCUUCAUGGUGGGCGAGGAGAAGGAAGGGCCCCCCGUUGAGGAGACGCCUCGGGCCCCCAGCCCCAACAACCACGGCAGUCCCACUGCGCCACCGAAGCAGCCCGCUCGGCGCCACUCCCUGGAAGGGGGGCCACGGGGCAGGCGCAACAAGGGCAGGGGGCAGGAACAGCAUCCCCCACGCAAGCAUAACUAUUACCCUUACCAGCACCAGCCCUACCCGCAGCGCCGUUCGGGAGUCUUGGAGGGCCACACCCCACCCCGCAUGCGCCGGCAGAGAUCAGCGCCCAACCUGCAGCAGGAGAAUGCCGGCGCUCAGUGAUUCUGCCAAGUGGCUGCUCCUGCGCCCCCUUUUCCAGGGGGCAGUGGGGAGGAGCCCCCCCUCUUGCAGGAGGGGUGGUGGCUCAGCACAGCCCCCGCUGGGCAGGGCGCUCUCUCUGCAGUCUGCGGGGUCCUGGGGGGGGGCUGCACUGCCGUUUGCUUGCAUCGGCGUAGUAGUUGUAGGGCCCAGGUGCAGCCCCUGUGUGGGGGGCAGGACGGGGGCCUGCCUGGGCGCAGCUGCAGGGAUAUUCUGCAGUCCCCCACCCCACCCCAGAGCAGCCUUAGGGGGGCGAUGGGGGAAUCCAGGGCAGCAGGGACUUGUGGAGGGGUCUUCCCUUGCUUUGUGUGGUAGGUGGGCCGGGGACGAUGAACCUGUUUGAUCUCCUAAAUGGGGGCAAAAGGGAGGGGUCCUAAAGGGGGAGGGGCAGAUGUAGUGUGAAACAAAAUCCGUUCUUGGGGCGAAAAGGCAGAACUUCAAACUUUGCUGAUAGCCCCCCCCCCCCCCCCCCCACGGUCCCAAGGCUGUAUAGAAGCCUCAUCCAAUUUGGGGUGGGGGUGGGGGGGCACAAAUAUCCGUGUUCCUGCUGAUUCUAUUAAUUGACGUCUCAUGGGAGCCCCCCUCCCCAUCGCACUCUGCCACUUUAGGGCACCCCUGACCCUCCUGCCAAGGGGGAUGGAGAGGGAGGGGCCCGCUUCUGAGGGUAUUAUCACCCCCCAAUUCGCUGCAUCAGCUUUCAGGGGGAGCAGGCGUCCAAGGGCCCCCCCCAUGGAAGACUCCCUAGAGGUUGUCAGUGGGGGAGGCUGUGCUGGGGGUGAGGGCAGCUACAUCUGAAGCUGGGGUCUUGGUGCUUGGGGGGAGAUGUGGGGCUGUGUUCUUGGGUUGGCUACCUGUUCCUGAAUAAUAAAGGUGGCACAACACCCUC